AUGAGGCUCUCAAAGCCUAAAGAUGCCAUCGAGAAAACUUCUGUAAUCAAGACAUCUUUGGCUAACGCCUGUAGAUAUCCCAAGUUUGUUACCUUGAUUCAAGAAGUAUUUGACCACAUUACUCAACUUGUAUAUGCUGGAUCCAUUUUUGCUAAUUACUAUUUCUUGGAACUUCUCGAAAAUGGUGAAGAGUUGCCUGUGGUCACUGAAAAUUUGUUCUAUAAUAUAUUUUCCAUCUUUGGCGGCCAAGGAAAACAUGCUUCUGAUAGUAUCAUGAAGAGCUUCAAGGCCUUUUGUGAAUCUACUUCCCUUACUCAAUAUGACUUGGGUAAUCAUGCAAGUAAAGGUUAUAUGACCAUUGUAUCUUCUAUGUCUAAGCAAUAUGAAACACUGGUCUGCAACUAUGUAUGCUGUACUUACGAAGGCAGAACUCUCAGACAUAUUCUUAAUGUCCUGUCUGAAAAGGCCUCUCCUUACUUUCGUGGUGAUAGCUUAACAGUUAAACAGCGCAAGUCUUUAACAAAGCAUAUCUUUCAACAAAAGAUAAACUCCAAGUUUGCCUGA